AUGCCAAGGAAGACCUCGAACCCAAGAAUCCUUGCGAUGGCNNUGUACGGGGCUGAAAGCCUCCAAUGCGCCUGGGAGCAAGAUGCCAAAAGCUGCGUGGCGGCUGCCUGCCAGGGUUGCAGUGGCGAGCAGUGCCAGCUGUGCAACCAAGACGUUCAGAGGAUCGCCAGCUGCUGUGACCAGCACUACCACUCCGUUGAUCCGCCGCAGAUGUGCAAAGACUCCAAGGAGGAAGCCGUCACCAACUGCUUCGACAGCAAGUGCCACGGCUGUGGUGGUGAGCAGUGCCAACUGUGCCGCGAAGAUGCUAAGAGCGAGUGCUGCACUGGAGCCAUGCGAACUCCUGCCUGCGAAUCUUCCAAGGCUGUCCUCCCAUAA